UGACGGGUACCGUAGGCUCAUCUCGACCUCGUGACCUCCCUAACUACUGUACGCAGCCUCUGCCCUUUUUGCGUUUGUGUUCUUUUCCUCCAUACAUGCAAAUAAACUUGUCAUUCACGUAUUUGGAUGCAUUCAAAUCAAUAUCGUUAUUUGAUGUUCUGAGAAUAUGCGCAGUGACUUCCUUUGUUGACUUAGCUGCCAGCAGCCUACACUAAUUGGUCUUAAAGACCACCAUCUGGCGCAAGUCGAAUUGUAUUCAAAUGUAAUUAUACACGUAGUGUUGUAACCCCCGGCCUAUUCAUGAGUGAACUUGCCUCGCAAAUUUUUUGUCUAUAAUGUACGUAACUGUCGUCCUCUUCUAAGGCGCCAUGUUAUCGUGAGGAAUAGUUAGCAUCGGCUUUAGCGUGCACAAAAGCAUGAUGAAAGAUCCCAAAAUUGUAACAUUUCUACAUCGGUUUGGUUUUCUUUGUGUUCUUUGUGUUUGUUUUUUGACGUUACAAUAGACGGGAACCUGUGAUUGCGAAGACCAAAAGUGGAACUUAUUGUGACAGCGGUUCACAUGUCUCUGGUUGCGCAGAACAAUACGGCUAUAAUGACAGGAAGCCAAGAUCAGUAAUAAGGGAAAUUGUAUUUGCCGGGCUUUUAAAGAGGCAAAAUCAUAGUUUGGAAACAGAUUGUGCGUGUUGGCCUUUGAGAUUGCGCACCCCUGUAGUAAUGCGUGGUGACUCACAGCGUACCUUGGGCCAAACUGUAAGGACAUUGUUAUGACAUGUCUCAACAUGCCCGUGGCCUAUCUUAUUUUAUUGUCCAAAACGAGAAAUUAAAGCAGAAAUUAUGUAAGUAAAACCCACUAACAGUAUAAAGAACACGCAAUGCAGUAGUUGUGUCGGUUUUCCAUCUUGCCACCCUUCCCUCAGACAUAUGAAGAAGCGCAAUUGUUGUCACAUGUACUCAACAGCCAGUACUUGCCAUAAAUUCCUGCAGGUCCUACGGUUUUGCUGCCACCCCCCUUGGUAGCCUCCCUGACCAAAAAUUAUUUAGCUUGGUCUAAUUUUUUAUUAUGAUAAAAAUGAGAUAUUCUUAACUGGGUUGUUUAGAUGUUCAUACUAUCUGCAUGUCUGUAUCAAGUCGACUGAAUGAGGAAGUGUCGCCACACCGCUUUUCUUUCCCUUGAGACGUUUCCGUUUUUGCAUCAAGACAGCAGAUCCACCAUUUUGUACGAAGAUUUCCGAUGGGUUUGUUUUUGGAUUGUUUUUGUUUGGGGAGUCCAUAUGUUUGUUCGUGGCCGUUCAUCCCAAAGUAACAGGAAGAGCCACGCAGGGCACACCAUGUUCCAGCACUGUAGCGCAGGCUGCAGUAAGCGGGGAUGCUGCUGUAUUAGAGCAGCUUUAGUAUUCGGGCUGGGCUGAUGGCCAGCUAGCAGCACUCGUGCUAAUAGCUAACCGGCCAUUCCGUCAUUGCAGAGCUUUCUCUCCCUCCUUCAAAAUGUGACUUAUUUUGUAAAAUUCUAACCUAAUUCUUUUCCCCCAGCACCUCACUCCUUUAAGCCUCAAGGUCAAAGAUAUGCUCUUGUGUCAGGUGUUGUGUAGUCGCCGUAAGCCAAGACAGGAUGUUGUCUUAAGAGAACCACCUGCUCAAAUGUUAAAGCGCUCUUUGUAAAGAGUUGACAUCAGCUAUUGUGCAUUUGCAACCCUCAUUCAUCCCCUGCUCAACUCACAAUUGUUAGGAAGGACGUCCAAUCAAUAUAAGAGGUUGUUGAGCAAUUAGAAAAGACCAAAUUAGACGGACUAAACAGUUUUGUUUGGUCAGGGGUCAGAGAAACUUUAAUGCCAAUCGGGAGCUAUUUCAGUUAUUAUAGUUCUCAGUUUUAAGUGCCAUGCUAAAUGUAUGGAAAAAUAAGAUACGCUUAAAAAAAAAAAAAAAACGAUAAUGAUAAAAGUUCAUAGUUCAUAUUAAAUUUGAAAAAUUCCCCUUGUGCCAAUCUUGUUUCAGACUGUAGACUGCGUCCAUAUAAGGAGAAGCUUAGCCGUUAUCUUAGUGGAACUGAAACAAGUGGGUAGAUUGUUUUUCUUUUGGAAGAAUGCACAAAAAACUUUAGUCUGAUUUUAAAACAGUUAUUUUGUGUAACAACAUUCAACUUAUAACAGUCGUAGUCCUAACAAACGUUUCAUGUCAGCUGGCAUUGGCGAUCAAGCAGGCUUCUAGCACUAGCAGCUAAUAGCAACAGGUGACUCCCGUGUCCCUUAGCAGCGAACCACUUGGCACCUAGCUUGCAGCAAACAAACAGUUUGUGCCUGGAGCAUGAUGACAUUGAUGAUUUUGUGUGACUAUUGAGGCAUAUUUUACUUUAAAAAUGCCUCAUCCUGCUCAUUUGUUUAUAACCAGUUGUCAGCUGGCGCUACCGGCAAACAAUAAAUGGCAACUCCCGUGUCUGAAGCAUAGUGGUGCUUUGAGGCAUAUUUUUUGACUAAAACCAAAUUGUCUUACUUUUGAGGCAUGUGGUACAUCUCCCGUUAUCUCUUGACUGAACUGGGAGUUAUGUCAAACGCACAAUGUAGUUUUUCUCGACACAUCGAACCAAUUAGACCACCAUCUCACUUCCUGAUUGAAACUACAUUCAGUAGAAGCGGGGUGUGGGUUGAAAAAAAAAAAAAGACUUCAUUACAGACAGCUUUUCAUCCUUUGCCCAUGACAUGUGCAUGCAAAUUCUCGUGCGCGUCCCUACAUGCACUAAUUCUGACUGAGCCAUUAAGCUUCAGAAGCCCGAGGUUUCAGUCAUUACCCCUGCUCUUUGUCACGUUGGUGCUAAAUGAGAGAAAUGUUCUUAAACUAAUGAGGGGCCCAAGCGGGGCUGCACACAGCAUACACUGUUGCCAUCAUACAGCUUUGUUGCGCCCUUCGCACACCCUUGACACAUACUCUGAAAGUGUGCGUGCGUGUGUUUGCACGUGCACAUCUACUGCUGCAUAGGCCCGAUGUGGCUCAUGUCUUCUCCAUGUGUCCGAACAAGACAAUGCAGUUGACUAUAUUGAAGAAAGGGUCUUCUGCUACGUCAAAGGUCAACCACAGUCCAUUCCAUGACAUUGGUCGACAUUUAAUUGAUUAACAAAAGUGAUUUCCCCAUCCACUCAUCUAUUUUCUAUGCUGCUUAUCCUCAUUAGGGUCAAGCAGGGCGGGGGUUGUGGUCAGCUGGAGCCUAUCCCAGAUGACUUUAGGCGAGAGGUGGGCCACACACUGGACUGGUUGCCAACCAACCCCAGGGCACAUUUUGACAAACAGCCUUUUACACUUACCGAUUGACAAGUUAGCCUUCAAUGGCUCGAACAUGCUAGCGUGAGAUGCUAACACAGCCGUCUGUCUUUACGACAGAAACAGUCAUAAUAUGUCCAAAUCAGGUCCAAUUAGUCAAUUAAUCCUAUCAAGCCCCCCCUCACCCAAAAAAAAGAAUGCAGUUCUAUGGCUUAACUUUAAGUCAUCCACAUGACUACUGGCGUUCAUCUCCUAUCAUAUCAAAACACACGCAAACCCCGGACAAAAGUACUUGAAGGUAACUCGGUAUUAAGUUCAGAUGCUUGCAUACAAUGAAGUCAUUUCGGCGUAAUCCCCUCAGUAAUCCCCAAGCAACGAAGCGUUCUGUUUCUCUUAAUUCUUAUUGCACCUCGGGUGCACACAUGCGCAACAAUUCCAACAUUCAGCUAACAACUGCUAAUAAGUUGUUUCUGACAGUUUGGCUUAUUUCAUGUCGCAGCGGGGCUUUGAAAUAUUUUGGCUUGCCGCAGCCAUAUUCACAAGCAUCAAAAGAUCAGACCGCUUCCCCUUCCUGCCCUCCUGGUAAGGCAGGCAGAGAGAAAAGACCUUUCCUUUGCCUUGUACUCUUUCCAUCUCUCCAUCAUCCCCUUCUUUCAUCUGCCUUCUCGGCUUCGGCCUUCCUUUCCCUCCUUGUUGUCGACGACGUGAUUAGGAACACAAUGAUGAGAGGUGAAAGGGGCAACUUCCCGGCAUUUUACACAGAGACGUAGAGGUCCGACAAAUGUGCUCAGUCCGCCGUUCUAAACAGCGCAAUGGCGUCUUCAGUUUACUACAGUUCUGUUUCCAAAGAAAUAAGCCAUCACUAACCUGGUAUGCUAACACAGAAGUCAUAAUUACAGUAAAUAUUUGUUUUUGCACGUCCUGAACGAACGGCGUCAGUCAGCCCAUCCUGCAUGCAAUGAACUCGUUUGUGGAGCGGCGUGAAAGAAAAUCGCGGGCACGCCCAGUCACUGCGAGACAGGCAACCAUUACCACGAUGACAUUUACCACGUUGACAUUCACACAGUCACAAAAAACACGCUGCCUUCUGUGAAGUCUGACGAGUGAACCACAACAACACCCAUGUGGUGGUAGAGCGAAAUUGGAGGGUUGGCGGUUCGAAUCCAGCUCUGUCCGAGUCACGUGUCGUCGUGUCCUUGGGCAAGACACCUUGCCUCAGGGACUACAGAUGAAAAAUAGCCCCUCGGCUAAUUCUGGUACAUCUACAGAAAUGUUCAUUUAUGUACACUGUCCCUGCCAAAUAAACAAAUCAAAACAAAAGCAAUAAAUAAAUCUGUGACACUGGAAUCAUUUCUUCUUUUACAAUUCAUUCACUUAUAGUUCAAAAAUGAAACAACUUAGGUUACACAUUACAAAUCAAGCUCCAUCUAAUGUACAAUCUUGUUUUGGAUUUUCUUGUCGUUGACCGUGCGAUAUCUACCGACCCCAAAGUCCAAUAUAGUGAGCUGGAUUUGAAAAACUAAAUACAAUGUUUGUUUUGUGUUUUCAAAAUGUGACAUUGUGACUACUGCUGGGAUUUUUUUUUUAACCAGCUUUGAUCUCAAGUCAUCCAACCAAUCUCUCUUGCUGAUAAGGGUAGUUAUUGAAUUUGGGGAAUGUAACAGAAUAAAGUAUGUCAAAAUAAAACCGAAAGCCCCGCGGUCGUGUGUUUUUUGUGACCACGCCAACAUGUGACCUCGCAUAUAGUCGCUGGUCUAGGACUGAACUGUGAGCUUUUCUUCGCGAGGUGCCUUUGCUCUGCUCUCUCAUUGUCCCGUGUAGAAUGUGGCGCCACCGACGUGUGAGCGGCACCAAUUGAGAACAUAGCAACAAUGUGGAGCGCACCAGGUCGUUUGACAGCUUCAACAUGAACACUUUGGAGAGCUCCCUGAUCGACAUCAUGCGGGCCGAGCAGGACAACCUUAAAGGUCGUCUGGGGUUUCCUCAUCCAGGCGGGGACAACCCGCUGCCCCUCAAUGGCCAUUCCUCCCUCUUUCCCAUGGAGGACGGCUUCCCUGAUGACGAGCGUGGCGAUCAGGGUCUGGCAGGCCUGGGAUCUCCACACUGCUUUCCUCACCAGAAUGGCGAACGCGUGGAACGCUACUCGCGCAAGGUCUUUGUGGGAGGAUUGCCCCCGGAUAUAGACGAAGAUGAGAUAACUGCCAGUUUCCGGCGUUUUGGUCACCUGUUUGUCGACUGGCCCCAUAAAGCCGAGAGCAAGUCUUAUUUCCCUCCAAAAGGCUACGCUUUCCUGCUCUUCCAGGACGAGAGCUCCGUGCAGGCUCUGAUCGACGCCUGCAUCGAGGAGGACGGCAAGCUGUACCUGUGCGUCUCCAGCCCCACCAUCAAAGACAAGCCGGUCCAAAUCCGCCCGUGGAACUUGAACGACAGCGAUUUUGUGAUGGACGGAUCUCAGCCUUUGGACCCCAGGAAAACUAUAUUUGUUGGAGGUGUCCCUCGCCCGCUCCGUGCAGUGGAGCUGGCCAUGAUCAUGGACCGCCUGUACGGCGGCGUCUGCUACGCCGGCAUCGACACGGAUCCUGAGCUGAAGUACCCGAAAGGAGCUGGGCGGGUCGCCUUCUCUAAUCAGCAGAGCUACAUUGCUGCUAUCAGUGCUCGCUUUGUGCAGCUGCAGCAUGGCGAAAUCGAUAAACGGGUGGAAGUGAAGCCAUACGUGCUGGACGACCAGCUGUGUGACGAGUGCCAGGGCACUCGCUGCGGCGGCAAGUUUGCGCCGUUCUUCUGCGCCAACGUCACCUGCCUGCAGUACUACUGCGAAUACUGCUGGGCAGCCAUCCACUCGCGCGCCGGCCGCGAGUUUCACAAGCCGCUGGUGAAGGAAGGCGGCGACCGGCCGCGUCACAUCUCGUUCCGCUGGAACUGAGCGGCAGUGGCGGACAGUAGGGGGAGCAGGAUGGCAAGGUAGUGCAGGAGUCGCAAAAUCAUUUAAUGAAUAAAUGCACUUUUCUGUUGCUGAUUCCUUUUUGCUCAACAUUUUUUAGUUAAUAUUUAUAUUUUCAAAAGAAAAAACUGGAUUUAUAUCAAGUAUGUCCAGCAAGGAAAUAGUGUAACCUGUUUUGUUUUAUUUUUUUAAAUGAUUGUUUGCCCCCCCCCCUCUCCCCCGAAAAAAAUAUAUAGGAAAGUUGAAGUGUGCGAUGGUACUCUGCUAAUCAAUUGGCGUGCUUUCCUUUGUGUAUAUAUAGAGAUUUUUUUUAUAUAAGCCCCCCAAACAAUUACCUUUUCAUUUGACAUUUUGUAGCAGAGCUCACUUUUGAUUUUCCCAAGACGCAAUCUGAGGCUGGAGUAAAUAUGAAUUGAAGAAGAAAAAAAAAGGUGUCGCUAAAGAAGAGUGCACUUAUUUCACAUUCUAAAAUAUACCAGUAUACACUUAGUUGAUAACCAAAGCUGUUUUAUUUGCUAGCGGCACACAACAGAGAAGCCCUGAAAGCCAAACUCUCUUUCUCUCUCUCAGAAAAAAAAGAUCUCCACACACAAUAAUUUCGAUCUCCAUCUUGACAUGCAAAAACUAAUACCUCAAACUCAGCUGCUAAUGUGCCGGAUGCAGUUUAAAAAAAAAGUCACGAACGCCUGCCCGUGUUGUUGUUUUUCCGGGCGGAGCUACGAUGUUACUCGCACACUUUUUGUACUCGCUAGCUUCGUCGUCACCUUGUUUAUUUUGUAACGGAAACCUACGCGGUCGUGAGCAGAGUGCAUUAUGGGAAUGUAUGGCAAUGGGGAGGCUCCGGGCCCCCCCUCUCUCCCCCUCCUCACUUUUCCAUCCAGAACCCAACUAUAUUAAAAGAAACAUCACAAAGCUCAGUUUUACCGCCGAAGCAGUUUAAAUAUGGCCUCCAGCUUCCCUCCAUCUAGCCAAGCUAAUCCUACUCAGCAUGUUUUGAAAGCAUAACUGAAGAUCGUCUGCGACUAUUCACACACACUUGAAAGGCGCCCCCCCCCUAAGUCCAGCAGGUUGGGGAACCAAAGACUGGCUCUGCAGUAGUGGGUCGCACUGUAGCUCAUUUCCUCUUUAGAAGCCCCCACCCCAGAGAACCAAAGAUUGGCCUUAAAAAAAAAAAGAAAACAGUAGUGCAGUAGAAGCCCAUCGGCAGCAAAUGGCGUCAUUAGAAAGACUUACUCCUUGCCCCACCGCCCCCUAAAAAUGUGCACAUUCAUUUACGCAGUGGAAAGUGAGAAUUUUUGACAAAAUCCUCCCAUUUUAGUAGUGGAGGAGUGCAGAGAAAACUUGAUUUUGCUCAUGAGUGAGGCUCCUCAUAUGGCUUUUUGCACCUGGGAUAUUUUCAAACACUUUGUGAAGAAUUUGCUGUUCAAAAUGAGAUAGUGAGAAAAUUAUUUUAAUACACGGCCUGCUGAUUUUUUUGAAACAGUGUUUUCUAGCUAAAUUAUUUUGUCAUGCACAUUUAAGCAUUUAUUAUGCACUACUUUUCUAAAUAUCCGUUCCCCCCCCUCCCCUCCUCCUUUUAGUUCCGGCAGUCAUUUUAGGCACAUUUUUCACAAAUAUGGGGAAACUCCUUUUUGCAAUACCUCAAUUUUUUCACAUUGUGAAAGGUAGCUUUUGUACUUUUGUUACUGAGAGAUCUGCAUAUAUGGAAAUGUUCAUUUUAAAGAAGAAGAGAAAAAAACCCAGAAAUGAGCGGCGCGAUUUCAAGAGAUAUAUUAUUCUUUUCAAUUAUGCUUUUUAUACAUUUCAGUGCUAAGGACUCUAUGUGCGACGUCACAUCUGCCGAGGAGAGACCAAAGUGUAUCCACUCUCUUGGUCUUCUUAGCUUUUCCUACACGCAAUGUUUCCACUCGGUGAUGACUAGUAAUUCUAAUAGCAUGGCGAGAAAUCAUUUAAAAAGACAAAAAAAAAAUUGUGAUCUUAAAACUCGUUGUUAAACGUGACCUUUGGUUUCCGCACUCGCCUUAUUUCCUCAAAUAGUGGCCGCUCUCCUGCUGAACGCUGUUGAAAGUCUUGCUAAACAAAACAGCAGCACCUACUGAGGCAUGUAAACCGUCUCAAGUACAAAAAGUAAAUAAAGAUGAGUAGUUAGUCACCUCCAUGUCCUAAUCCAUAUUUUGGUAAAUAAAGGCCGCCUCCAAGAUAUAGUUGAAUAAAGUCCCCAUAAUAGAUCUUUCUAAAUAAAAGCCUCGCCCCUAUUAGACGCAUCCCGAAAGCGACAGUGAAAUCCGGGCACAAUGUUCAACGCCUCUCCCAACCUGAAGUUGAGUAAAUGCCUCCCCACAAUCUGCACUUAAGUAAAUAAAGACCUCCCCACUAGUCGACAUCUCUUGGCCACUAUAUGAGGAAAUCUGGUCUAGGGGGAGAAUGCAAAAAGAUGAGGUUGGAGCCUCAAAGCUCAAACUCGUAUCACAAGAAUGUGUGUGGCGGCCGUGGCUCAGGCAGUAGAGCGGGUUGGUCAGAAACCGGAGGGUCGGCGGUCCGAACCCAGCUCUGUCCGAGCCACGUGUCGUUGUGUCCUUGGGCAAGACACUUCACACACCUUGCCUCAGGGACUACAGAUGACAAAUAGCCCCUUGGCUAAUUUUGGUGCAUCUACAGAAAUCUUCAUUGAUGUACAUUGUCCCUGUCAAAUAAACAAAAUAAAAGAAUGGAUGUUUGGUGUUUAGAUAUUUUAAUAUUUGAAGAAAAAAAUAUAAAUAUAUAUAUAGUAUCUAUAUUCUUGAACUUGCCAACUAGCACCUAUUGUAAUCCUUAGCAUGCAUGACGACAAAAAAAAUGCGUGGAAAUGAGGUGAAUUAGCUCGAAAAUUAACUGUUGUGGUGUGCACCAAAUGUUUCUGAACUAGACGUCGUUAAAGAGAACCCCCGACCUCAACCCCCUUCCCAUCCUUUCUGUCCUCACUCCCUUACAUAUUGGCAGACCUCAGCAGGGAUGCGCGUAACACAAAAGCGAAUAGGCGAGCGUGAACGUUCCGAACUCAAGCAUCCUACUAGAACACUGUUCAAAUGAUUAAAAAAAAAAAGUGGAUUUAAAAUUUAAAAAAAAAAUUUUAAAAAAAUGAAGACUUGACCUACAUGGAGGAAGGGGAGCUUAAAGACUUGAAUGUGGUUAAAAAGAAAAGAAUUAAAAAAAACAAUGUUGCAAGUUAACUUUCAAGUUUUAUGUGCAAUACUUCUUUUGAACCUUUUUCCAGACGAAAGACUCUUUGCAAUGUAAUUCUUUCAAAUGCCAUUUUUAAUUAUUGCAGACAUUUAAUUAAAGAAGAUGUUAAUAUGUUUUUUCAGUCAUUUUCUACUGUUUAAUGUAAUCCUUUUCAUGCUGGUGUUUGUAAAAAAAAAAAGAAAGAAAUGAAAUCCAACUAUUUGUACUAAUAUAAAUAAUUGAAGUUAUUUUUAAAACAUUUAAAAUAAGGUUUUUGUGCUCAUUUGCUUAUUUGGUUUAUUUUAAGCUACUGUGAUUGAUUGCAUUGUAAUUACUAGGUCAACAAUGUAUUUAGCUCUUUAUUGGUAUAUUUUUAAUUGGAAUGUAUAAUUGAUUUUUAUAAUUUUGAUCAGAUUUCUGUUAUAUUUUUGAGGUGAAGCUUUUAAUAUGUUAAAGUGUCUAGUUUUUACUAAUUGCUAUAUUGUGCUCCACAAUAUAUGGUUCACAUUUUCUGAAGGAAAAUAAAUAUUUAAAUAUUUGUCUGUUAAUGUUACUUAAUGGCAAGAUUUCAAUAGUUUUUAACUGUGUAUGGGAAGGUUUGUUGUAUUUAUUAAUAGCAUUUUUUUUUUUUUUACUUCAGAUACCACCUUAAUUUUUAUUGUCAUUUCACUUUAUAAGUUCCUAUUUUUGUAUUUUCCUUUCUAAUGAUUAAGUUAUGUAAUACGGAUAUGUCCAUAUUUCUAGGAGUUGGUCUGUAGAAGUGCUAGUGAAACGAAAAAGAAAAAUCUAAUGUUAUUUAAUUGUUUGCGGCCAACUAUUUAUAUAACAGUAUGCAUAAUUUUUCAAUAUUUGUAAUGUGAAAUGUUGAAUGAAAUAAAUCUUAACUGUGAUGAA